GAGGUAGUCUCAGCACAUCAGGUGACACCCCACUCCAGACCCUACAUGGCCUAUCUGGAUAUACAAUGCAGAGGGAAAACCUAUAUCUGUGGAGGGUUCCUGGUGGCGGAGAACUUUGUGCUGAUGGGUGCUCACUGCAAUGGACAUGAGAUCUCUGUCAUGCUGGGAGCCCAUAACAUUAGAGAACGGGAACAGAGCCAACAGAAAAUCUCCAUGUGCCACCGGAUCCCCCACCCGCAGUGCAACAAAGAGACAACAAACAAUGACAUCAUGCUGCUGCAGCUGGCGAAAAGGGCGAAGCUGAACAGACGGGUGGAUACCAUCGCCCUGCCCCGCACCAGCAAAAAAGUAAAGCCAGGGGCCAUGUGCAGCAUCACUGGCUGGGGCAGCACUAGCAAAGAGAGCAACUCGACCCCAGCCACGCUCCAGGAGGUGGACGUGGUGGUGAUGCAGGAUGCUGCAUGUCCGAGGAAUCCUAACAGGCCAUAUCGUUACUAUAACGCCUCCAGCAUGAUGUGUGUGUGUGUGUGGGGGGGGGGGGAUCCAAAGAAGGGAAAAGACUCUUGGGAGGGCGAUUCUGGGGGCUCCCUGAUGUGUGGGAAAACAGCCCAGGGCAUCGUCUCCUGGCGGCCACCCACCCCUCCCGGGGUGUACAGAAGAGUCUCCACCUUCAUCCCCUGGAUACGGGCAACGAUGAGGAGGCUGCAGCCCUGA